AUAAAAAUCCAUGGUUCAGGAUUUGACAAACUCUCAGGAAGCAUUUUCUGCCUCCUGCUGGUUGUAGGAACAUUUUCCCUGCAAAAAGUUAUUGAGAUGCUUGAAUAAGUGGUAGUCAGUUGGUGAGAGAUCAAGUGUUAUGGUCUUCUUGACCGACCAGAACCUGGAGACAGGAGUUGACGAAGGCAAAGAAAAGAAGGACGCAGGGGACCCAAGUCUCUAGUGGAACAAGGGUGCUUUAUUCAUGGCAGUGUGUGCUUAUAUAUUGUAAUACAAGGAAGCUUUAGGCAAAAAAUAAAUUAAGUAAAAAACACCAAAACCAGAUGCAUAACAACAGUAACCAAGGGAAUAACAGUCAUAGGGCCAUAACAACAGUAACUAGGGGAAUAACAGUCGUCACAGGGCCAGAAGAGAAGUAGUUUUACAAAAAAGUAAAAGAUUACUGAAAGGAAUCCAUGUAUGAGUUCUGCCUCAUGACCUCAGUCCUGAGAACUGUGUGCAGCUCUGCUCGUUCCUGUUUUCCAGGAACUGAUAAGGAACAGAGGGCCUUUGAGAAACAGAAAACAGCAUAUAGGAUUCCUUAAAAUUAAACGUUCCCUGAAAAAUCUCCCUUUUUUAUUAUUUUUGUGAAAAAGGCCCUGACCAUGAGUUUGUUUAGUGUGAACAAUUUAUGUUGAAAGGCAUCGAUAUAUAACAAAUAUAAUUACCAGGACAAUUACCAAUGUUACAGAAUCAGACCCAAUACUAUGAGUAAUACUUUGGAACCAUCUUUGAAGGUCUAGCCCAGAUAAUUGAUCAGCUAGCUAUUCAGCUAAAGUUUCCGAAUUAUUGGAAGAGGGCAGAUUUUAGAGAAGGUUUCAAAGAUUUUCUUUUGCAAUAAUUGUACAAUUAGGGAAGUAUUAUCAUGUAUGUCUUGUAAGUGAAAUUUAAUUUGUUCUCAAUUGUAAGCACUAUAGUUGAACCGAACAGGAGUGAUACAAAAUUGUGUAGAAUUCCAAUCACAUUUUAGUAUUACUUGUUUUUGUAAAUCUAUUAAUUGAUCUCUGACUCAUUGGAUGGCUGUUUUUAGUUUCUGUAUUUUAUCUUGAAUUUCCUCAUCUGAGCCUGAGUGGCCCAUAUAAUAUGAGCAUCUUUGGUCCAAUUUUGAAUAAAGUUUUGUGUUUGAAUUUAGGUUUGUAAAACAAUGCCUGCAACAGCGGCAGUAGUGCAAAUGGCUGUUAAUCCCCAAAUGCCAAGAAUUAACCAUCCAAUGAAUCGUUUAGAUCGCCGGAGUGAUUUAGUGAGUAGCCGAGAGGCAAGUCCUGCCGUGGGACCCUCUUUCCAGGGAUUCAUUUUUCAAAGAAACAGAGGAAUUAAGACAAGUAUACAUUUUGUAAUCUAUACAAGUCACAAAACGUAGAGUCUUAUUAAACUGUAAGUUCUCUAUAGCUAUAACAAAAGGAAGAGGAACACAAGCUUGCAUAAAAUAUGAAUGAUUAUAAUGAAGGGAAUAGUUACUAUGAGUUGAAAAGCGAGCCCAGCAGAGCUAUACCAGCCAAAGUCAUGCCCAUCAGGGACCAGUGGUUGGAGCGCUCCUGGCCCUUUUGGCUCUUGGUUGCUGUAUUGUUUUCACAGAGUUUCACAAAAGAGUCCCAGCCGCCAUUCUCCUGGAUCCAAGGCUCUAGGUGGUCAUUUAGGUAAGUGGCCAUCCAAGUUGUGAUUUGACUCACCAAUAUUUGCAUCUAAUUGUCUAUGCUUUCUAUGCAUAGUGUCCCACCGAAGGAAAAAAAGGCCAUGUGACCCCAGUUUACCCCGGCCCAGAAGAGUUCAUACAUUACCUGCUCAAAGCUCUGAUAUGCUGUCCCUGUGGUGAUGUGGAGCUGGGACGUCGGGUCGCUGAAUGUCUGUUGGUACCUCAGUUCAAACUGGUUGUCUGUCUCCCUCAGGGUUUGCUUUACUGUUGUCAUGGGGAUCACUUUCUGGGCGUCCAAGCUUCUGCUGUGGCCAGUGGCUCCAUUCACCACAGGGCUAUCUGCCAGGUGCCAAGAUGGAUUGUCAUUGAUGGCAUUUGGGGUUGGUUUCCAUAUCUGAUUUUGUCCCUUCUGAGGAGGCCUCAGUUCUGUUCUCUUCCACAUCAUUAAAUUGACUGCAGCUGUAUCCUUUCUGGGAAAGCUUGUAAGACAGAAAGUCAACCACCAGCUCUCAGUUGCUCUGAGACGUUUUUAUAAGAAAGAUGGGUUCCAUCAGUCUAUUGUCUAAAAUACUUGUAGUAAAAAGGGGGUUAUAUAUAUAUAGGUCCAAUAAGUAUGAUUAAUUAAUUCAGCUUGAGCAGGGUGAGGUUAGGGGGAAGCAAGCAUAACAAGCAUAGCAACAAAAAUAUUUUCUGGAUUCCAAGGCAUUCCCUGUUGAGAAACCAGAUUUUUAGCUUGAUUAGUAAGGGUUUUUGUUUAUCCCUAGGUAAGAUCAUAAGGUCAAUGACGUUGAAGGCAGUGUUUUUUGGAGAUUUUUAGAGUUGCCAUGGCUUGUAUUGGAAUUUUUUUCUUCCCAGGAAUUUGGCUGUUUUUUUCUCUAUUUUGAACAUCCGAUGCUCUCCUGAGGUGGAUCUUUCGAAGAGGAAGCCAAUUGAUUUCAUUGGAUCUAUCUGGAGAAAUACAAGCAUACCCUUUUCCCUGUAAGAUUAAUUUCCUAGAUUUCCAAUGUUUAGUUAGCCCGUCUUGAUACCAAAUGGGAAGAGGAAGAGAAGUGUCUUUCAGUUCUUAGAAAUGUUUUUCUGCUUAUGUCAAGAUAAUUCCUUGUGAUGGCUUUUCCCUGCCGCAAGUUCCUGAAACCCAAGAUCCUGACCUGCCUUCUAGCAGGUUUGAGUUUCUCAAUCCUGCAUCACUGGUUCCUUGGAGACCCCAGGUUUCAACAGAAGCAGAGGUCGGAUGGGUCCCUGCAGGUGACCCACGUGGCCCCUGCUGCCACGUCUCUGUCCAGCCCAGGGCCUCCGUGCGUGGCCAACGCCUCAGCGAACGCCACGGCCGACUUCGAGAAGCUGCCUGCGCGCAUCCAAGACUUCCUGCGGUACCGCCACUGCCGCCACUUCCCGCUGCUCUGGGACGCGCCGGCCAAGUGUAUGGGCAGCCGCGGGCCCUUCCUGCUGCUGGCCGUGAAGUCGGCGCCGGCCAACUUCGAGCGGCGCGAGCUCAUCCGCCGCACGUGGGGGCAGGAGCGCAGCUACGGCGGGCGGCCGGUGCGCCGCCUCUUCCUACUGGGCACCCCCGCACCCGAGGACGCGGAGCGUGCAGGGCAGCUGGCGGAGCUGGCCGCUCUGGAGGCGCGCGAGCACGGCGACGUGCUGCAGUGGGCCUUCACCGACACCUUCCUCAACCUCACGCUCAAGCAAGUGCACCUGCUCGACUGGCUGGAGGCCCGCUGCCCGCACGCGCGCUUCCUUCUCAGCGGCGACGACGACGUCUUCGUGCACACGGCCAACGUGCUCCGCUUCCUGGAGGCAAAGUCGCCCGACCGCCACCUCUUCGCCGGGCAGCUCAUGAGCGGCUCCGUGCCCAUCCGCGAGAGCUGGAGCAAGUACUUCGUGCCCCCGCAGCUCUUCCCCGGGUCGGUCUACCCGGUGUACUGCAGCGGCGGCGGCUUCCUCCUGUCCCGCCACACAGCCCAGGCCCUGCACCAGGCAGCCCGCCACAUCCCGCUCUUCCCCAUCGACGACGCCUACAUGGGCAUGUGUCUGCAGCGCGUCGGCCUGAAGCCCAGUGGCCACGAGGGCAUCCGGCCUUUCGGCGUGCAGCUGCCCGGCGCCCGGCAGUCCUCCUUCGACCCCUGCAUGUACCGCGAGCUGCUGCUGGUGCACCGCUUCGCGCCCUAUGAGAUGCUGCUCAUGUGGAAGGCGCUGCACAGCCCAGGGCUGAGCUGUCACCGGGGGCACAGGGUCUCUUGAGGCUGGGAGGUCAGUGUGGGGGUGCCGUGGGGGUCAGGCAUGAGGACACUAGGAAAGGCAGUGACUGGGGAAUCUGGGAAGACAGUAUUGAGAGAGCUUUUGGAAGGUCAGUGUUAAGGGGCUGUGUUUGGGGGAUGGGGCGUCUGAUCAGUAAGUCUGAAGGACAGUGAUUAGGGAGUGACCUGGGAGAGACCCCCGUUCCAUUCCUGGGUCGGGAGGAUCCCCUGGAGGAGGACAUGGCAACCUACUUCAGUAUUCUUGCCUGGAGAAUCCCAUGGACAGAGGAGCCUGGUGGGCCAUGGUCCAAACAGUCGCAAAGAAUCGAACACAACUGAAGUCACUCACAGACACACAAGGGCAACUAGAGUCUGUUGUGAACCGAACCUCCAUUGGGGGGCGUGGGUCAGUAACCAGACUCUGAGGAUCAGGCUGUGGUCCUGACUUCCAGGAGCUGCCAGUUAUUGGCAAAGUACAAAAAUCAAUAAAACAGCUUGAGAAUGAGGCAGAAAUGUGUGCUGUAGAGGUCCCAACUAUGUAAGAUGGACAAGAAGGGCUGAGCUUCAAGGAAGAAAGUCUGGAUGAGAAGCCAGGAGCCUGGCCUGAUGCCUUCCCUGCCCUCAGGAGGAGGGCCAGUCUUCCCCACUGGCGGACUCCCUCUGGCAUAACCGUGUACUUUGUCACUUGGUCGGGCCCUCUCCUGGCCCUGCAUCUUUGCAAGCUUUGAUCCCUUUACUGGAAAUGUCCACCAGCCAUCACUGUCCAUGUCUCUUGUAUGGAUGAGGAGGCUGCAAGGUGCAGGGGAGCUGUCCACCAAACUCUGUUACCCCCUUCCUCCUGGGCACGCACCUAGACUAUACUUCCCAGACUCCCUUGAAGUGAGUUGUGGGCAUGUGACCAGCCUGUCUUCAUGGCUGUGUAUAGUUGUGAAGAAGACCCCUCCUGAACCCCCACCUCACCUCUGCUCACUUUCUCCUUCCCCCAGACUGGCACGUGGAUGAGCCUAUAACCUUGCAGAUGCCUGGGUUCCUCAACCUUGGCACAAUUGCCGUUUUGAGUUCUUUGCCGUAAAGGGCUGUCCUGUGCAUUGGAGAACAUUUAGUCAUAUCCCUGUCCUCUGCCUACUAGAUGCCAGCAUCACACCCCAAGUUAUAACAACCAAAAAUAUCUCUGAAGUUUGCCACAUGUACCCUGGUGAGUGGGGCUUCUCUGGUGGCUCAGACGGUAAAGAAUCUGCCUGCAAUGUCUGUGUUCAAUCCCGGGGAUGGGGGUCCCCUGGAGAAGGAAACGGCUACCCACUCCAGUAUUCUGGCCUGGAGAUUUCCAUGGACAGAGGAGCCUUGCAGGCUACAGUCCAUGGAGUUGCAAAGAAUUGGACAUGGCUGAGUGACUUUCACUUUCACCGUGGUGAGCAAAGUCACCUGUAGUGUGAACCGCUGACCUAGAGGAAGGCAGGGAAACAAGAGGGCUUCCCAGUUCACUGCAGAGAGCAGGGGUGCUUGUGGACUAACCUGGAAUACUCAGCUCAAACUGCUGAGAAGAACAAAAUAAACUUUUAUGUUUUCUGA